CACCUGCUCUUCUUCUUCUUCUUCUUCUUUCUUCUCCUCUCAUAGGGUUUUUCCUUCUCCUCUUGCUCCCUCGGUGUUUCUUCGAUCAACCCGCAGGUUGCCUCUAUUGAUUCCGAGGAACAAUCAUGAUUCUUCUCGAGGAUGUCUUCAGGGUCGAGAAGCUCGAUCCUGACGGCAAAAAGUUCGACAAAGUUACUCGAAUUGAAGCACGGAGUGAAAGAUUUGACAUGUUCAUGCACUUGGAUAUAAAUUCUGAGAUAUACUCGAUGGCUGCGGGAGAGAAGUUCACCAUGGCAUUAGCCACCACAUUGAACUUAGAUGGAACACCUGACUCUGGAUAUUAUACUCCGGGUCAAAGAAAGUCUAUUGCGGACAAGUAUGAAUACAUAAUGCAUGGUAAGCUGUAUAAGAUAUCAGAAGAGGAUCCUGUAAAAGCUGCCGCUAAAGGUUCUGGAAGAGGAGUCAAAGCGGAGAUAUAUGUUUCGUAUGGCGGUCUCCUGAUGAUGCUGAGAGGGGAUCCCUCGAAUCUCCACAAGUUCGACCUUGAUCAGAGGCUGUUCCUCUGCAUUCGGAAGCUCUGAGAAGUAUUUCAAUUAGGCCCUGAGCUAAUUGAUAGCGGAUGUGGUUUUGGACUUCUUGCACUGUAAAUGAAAGUCUCGACCUGUCACUGUCAGAAUCUCGCCCGUUUUUAUUCACUCACUCUCUCUCUCUACUUUGGGUUAUCGAUCAUCAAGAGUCUCUCUACUCUGAGAAGAAGUUUGGUUGAUCCUGGUUUUCGACCAUGUUUAGAGGAUGCAUGAUGGAUAAGUGUUUUGAGAGGAUGUGAAUUAGUGCAGAUGAGAGGAUGUGAUUGAGUGCAUAUGAGAUUGAAAGCAUUUUAUAAAGAGGAUGGAUUGAAAUGGCUAUUUUUCAAAGGCUA